AUGGGAACCUCACCGGGUUUUUUCAAUUGCAAAAGGGGUGUCCGGCAGGGAGAUCCACUAUCUCCACUUUUGUUUUACUUGGCCGAAGAUGUUCUCAACCGAGAUCUUACCCACUUAGUGGACACAAACAAUUUCAAGCUCAUCAAGGCCAACAGGACAGUCAUGGUUCCCUCUCAUACCUUUUAUGCAGAUGAUAUCAUGUUUUUCACUAGAGGUUGCACUUCUUCCCUUGAUGCCAUAGCAGAUCUUUUCACUAAGUAUGUUGAUUGCUCUGGGCAGGUUUGCAAUCCUGCGAAAUCUACCAUGUUUGCAGGAUCAAUAGCAGUGGUUAGGCGGGGUUUUCUGGCUAGUAGGAUUGGGUUCAAGAUGGGACCUUCCUUUCUCUUACUUGGGAUUUACUCUUGGCCUGUCAACUUAAUCGAAACUAUUGAAAGUUGGUGCAGGAACUUCAUCUGGAGUGGCAACAUACACAGGCAGAAACUUGUAAUUGUUGCUUCGGGUCAAUGUUGUCAAGAUAUUCAGGCUGGAAGUUUAGGGAUUAGAUCUCCCUGGACACUUAAUGAAGCUAAUAAUCUUGUUCAAUGUUGGAGCAUUAUUAAUGAGACAAAUUGUUGGGCUUCUAUUUUAAAAGCUAGAGUUUUCAAGAGAAAUAUGCAGAUUAAAUACCAUGUUUUUUUGGUCAAUCUGGACAGGUAG